ACCGCUCCGGCAAAGAGAGGCCUGGGGGGUGGGGCGGCCGAGGGGGAGCCCGCGCCGCGCCCGCCGCUGCCAAGGGAGCGUUCCGGGCCCACGUCAGGGGAAGUGUCGGGAUAAAUAGGGUCCCGCAAUGGCCGAGGCCGGCUGCGCUCGGAGCUGCCGGGUCCGGGACUGGAGCUGCCCGUGCGGGUCCGCGCCCCGCAGGCUGAGGGCUGGCGCUGCUAGAGCUCGGUGCGCCGGACGCCGGAUACCCCCGGCCAGCCCCCGCGGCCCCGCACAUCUACCGACGGCAGCGCGGGCAGCCUCUCCCGUGCCCCCGAAGGACUUCCUCCCCGUGGAAGGGAGGGCGACAGACUAGGGGGGCAGCAAGCCAGGGGCCCCUUGUGCCUGUCGGAGCGGCGGCGCGCCGGGGCAGUGCCAUGCUGCUCUCCGUCCUGGCGGCGCUGUGCCUGGGGCUGCGCCUGGCGCUCGGCGUCCGCGGCGCGCCCUGCGAGGCGGUGCGCAUCCCCAUGUGCCGGCACAUGCCCUGGAACAUCACGCGGAUGCCCAACCACCUGCACCACAGCACGCAGGAGAACGCCAUCCUAGCCAUCGAGCAGUACGAGGAGCUGGUGGACGUGAACUGUAGCUCGGUGCUGCGCUUCUUCCUCUGCGCCAUGUACGCGCCCAUCUGCACGCUGGAGUUCCUGCACGACCCCAUCAAGCCGUGCAAGUCGGUGUGCCAGCGCGCGCGCGACGACUGCGAGCCCCUCAUGAAGAUGUACAACCACAGCUGGCCCGAGAGCCUGGCCUGCGACGAGCUACCCGUCUACGAUCGCGGCGUGUGCAUCUCGCCAGAAGCCAUCGUCACCGACCUCCCCGAGGAUGCUAAGUGGAUAGACAUCACACCAGACAUGAUGGUUCAGGAAAGGCCUCUGGAUGUGGACUGUAAACGCCUAAGCCCUGACCGGUGCAAGUGCAAGAAGGUGAAGCCCACUCUGGCGACAUAUCUGAGCAAAAACUACAGCUACGUCAUUCACGCCAAGAUAAAAGCUGUGCAGAGGAGCGGCUGUAACGAAGUGACCACCGUGGUGGACGUGAAAGAGAUCUUCAAGUCCUUGUCCCCCAUCCCACGAACGCAGGUCCCACUCAUCACCAAUUCUUCCUGCCAGUGCCCUCACAUCCUGCCCCACCAAGACGUUCUCAUCAUGUGUUACGAGUGGCGUUCCAGGAUGAUGCUUCUUGAAAACUGUUUAGUUGAAAAAUGGAGAGAUCAACUCAGUAAAAGAUCCAUACAGUGGGAAGAGAGGCUGCAGGAACAGCGCAGGACUGUUCAGGACAAGAAGCGAACAGCCGGGCGGACCAGUCGUAGCAACACCCCAAAACCAAAGGGAAAGCCGCCCGCUCCCAAGCCAGCCACCCCCAAGAAGACCAUUAAAGCUAGGAGUGCCCAAAAGAGAACAAACCCAAAAAGAGUGUGAGCCUGCUGCUUUCUGGAACUGCCUCCCAGGAUGAGGCCAGGUGCCGCCCAGCCUGGGGGAGGGCCCGCUCCCCUUGCCUUAACAACUACAGCGCUCCCCAUAGACACAUCUUGCGGCAUUUUUCUUAAUGAUCUGCUUCCAUUUUUCUUCUCAAGCCACCACAAACCGUAGUGGUAGGUAUGUCCUUUGGUGUGGAAGGUAUAUGAAAGCUGAACGCGGGUGGACAAAGCUGCUCGCGGCAUGCAGAGUGGCCUUCGCGGUGCCUACCCUGGGAGAUCUCUGUGUGUGGGAAAGACGCUUUGGUUCUUACAUUUGACCUAAUAUGUGCAUUGGAAAAUAAAUGCCAUAUUACAAACAAAA